AUACACACACACACACUCUAUUCCUGUCAUCUGACAUAUUUUAAAGGAACAGUGUAUAAGUUUUAGUGGCACCUAGUGAUUUGUGGCAGGUUGCAACCAACUAAAUACCCCUCUGCUCCCCCUCGCUUUCCAAGCGUGUCAGAGGACUAUGGUGGCCUACAGGUAGAGAGAGGUAUCUUUAGGAUUUACAACUAGGAGCUACUCUUAGCAAUGCUCUGUUCUUUUACCUGACUAAAUAAUUGUCUUUAAAAAGAUAUAUAGAAUUUUUAAAACAAAUGAAUUCAGAACUGAAUUUAUUUAUAGUUUUGAUAUAACUAAAUUCAAGCAACAGGUAUGUUUACAACAGCAAAUCCACUAAAUCAAGUAAUAAUAUCUCACUGGAAACAAAUGUAAAUACAAUAAAUGACAUUUCUGAGUGAAGUUUCUAAAUGAUAAUAAUCAACAAUGAAGAACACAUGUAUUUAGCACCGGGGCCUGUUUAAUACCAGGUUUCAGAACGCAUCACUACCUUCAGAUAACUAACCACGAAAGGCUCUCGGUAGAGCCAGUGUCCAUUCUGGGCUGCUGUAGAAAGAUGGCAGACUCCGUGGAAGACGACCUGCUCCGUAUGUAGAUUGUGUAAUGUAAGACCCUAUUGAGGCCUCUUUCAAAAGUGUACCACGUGAACUUUUCUGCACCACGCCCUUUCUGUUGUAGAUGAACUGGUACACCAAGCGGGCGGCGCUGACAGGCAUCUAUAACACCACGGAGCUGGUGAUGCUGCAGGACUCCUCUCCAGACUUCCAGGACACCUGGAACUUCCUUGACAACCGCAUUCAGGAUGUCGUCAACAUGGCUGCCACCGCCAAGCAGGCACAGGCGACUGGUGAAACAGUGGUGCAGGGGCUUAUGGGAGCUGCUGUUACACUGAAGAACCUCACGGGACUGAACCAGAGGCGAUGAUGGAAAACAUCUCUCACUCAAAAGUGUCAAAAGCUGAAGAUCAAUUUUCUUUCUGCUCUCAUUUCUGAUUAACUGUAAGAGUCUAAAAAUAUCGGGUUAUGGAUUGUGUUAAUAUUUGUCACGAGCCAUAGUGAUAAGCCUCUUUCUGUUCACCUGUAAGACCAGUGGCUUGACUUGUUUCAUAAUGAUCUGUAAUUUUUUGGAUGGAUCGAAACUUCAAUAAAGUUAUAGUUAUAUAUUGUGUAUUUAACCUAUGUGUUUGUUUUUUAAUUGUCUGGUUGAUAUGAAUUCAGUCAUCCAUUAUAUAGUUUGAUUUCAAUGCAGUUCAGAGUCACUAUUAUUUUUGACUCUGUGUCAAAAAAGAUACUGUGACCAAAAACAAAUAUUGCACCAAACUGCUGCAUUAUUACUGGGAUUUUUUUUUUUUUUUUUUUCCUACAAACAAAAAAUAAUAAAAAAUGUACUAUUAAAUUGUACGCCUCGGUAAGGCAUACUUCAUUUUACAGAAAAAUAAUUGAGCGCUUUUAUUUUGGAAAAAGACAUUCCAGGCACGGUGUGACCCGGAUAUUAAAUAAGGACCCGCCUAAUAUAUCAUCGUGACCAAUCAGCUUUGGUAUUUACAUCUCUUGGCCAAUCGGCGGGUAGUAAAUAGUUCCGUGAAGGCCUUCAACUCGAAGCAGCGGUAGUUGAGUGUGUGGACGAUAUAAUAACGUCAAUUUUAAGGGCUAUUUUACUUCAAUAAUGCCGUAUGCUAACCAACCGACCGUGAAAAUCACAGAAUUGACGGACGAGAAUGUCAAAUUCGUCAUUGAAAACACGGACUUGGCGGUUGCAAACUCUAUCCGCCGUGUCUUCAUGUCAGAAGUUGCCACUAUAGCGAUCGACUGGAUCCAGAUCGAUGCCAAUUCAUCAGUACUGCACGAUGAGUUCAUUGCACACAGAGUCGGUCUCAUACCUCUCACAAGUGAUGACAUCGUGGACAAAAUGCAGUAUUCUAGGGACUGUACCUGUGAUGAUUUUUGUCCAGAGUGUUCUGUUGAGUUGACGCUGGACGUACGAUGUACCGAGGACCAGACGCGUCAUGUCACCUCACGUGACCUUUUGUCCAACAACCCCAGAGUCAUCCCGGUGACUUCCAGAAGUCGAGACAAUGACCCCAAUGACUACGUUGAACAAGAUGACAUUAUACUGGUGAAGCUUCGUAAGGGUCAGGAGCUGCGGCUCAGGGCAUACGCCAAGAAGGGCUUCGGCAAGGAGCACGCCAAGUGGAACCCAACAGCGGGGGUCUCCUUCGAGUACGACCCAGAUAACGCACUGAGGCACACGGUCUUCCCACGACCCGAGGAGUGGCCAAAGAGUGAAUAUUCCGAGAUUGAGGAGGAUGAGGUUCAGGCUCCCUACGACCCCAAUGGAAAGCCUGAAAGGUUCUUUUACAACGUGGAGUCGUGCGGCUCGCUGCGACCAGAGACCAUCGUCAUGUCGGCGCUGGCCGUCCUCAAGAAGAAGCUCAGUGACCUGCAGAUUCAGCUGAGCCACGAGAUCCAGAGCGACGUGCUCACCAUCAACUAAGGGCCACGCCCUAACAGAACCGGACCUGCAUUUGUUCUGAUUCAGCACUGCUCGGGUCACACACGCAUUGUUUCUGGAAUUAGAUGGAGCCUCCCCUGGAUACAGGCCUUGGAUCUGUAUGCGUUUGUGAGCAAAAGAUAAUGUUUCAUUAUUUGAAAUGGACAAUCAUUAUUUCGAUAUACAUCCAUGUACAAAAUAUCAGAUUUCAGCACCAGCAUUAAUUUCAACUCAAGCUGUGUGUGUGUUAAAGCAUCCAAUGCAAGGUCAGUGUGUCUCACAAUGAUACAGGAUUGGUUUAGUUGUUGGUGUACUUACACUAUUAGACUACUAUUUUGUUAAAUGUUACGUUUUAAAUAAAUCUGUCCUGAGGAACUUUGUAAUAUGUUAUUUAGUGUUUCUUUAUUGUAAUUUGUCAGUGGGUUUUGUUUUUGGUACAAAUGUUCAACCAUCUGGAAAAACACAAAAGAAAAUGAAGACAAGAGAAACCAAGUAAUGUAAUGUUUUAAUUGAUUUGCAAAAGAGAAAGCUACAUGUAUUUAUUGGUCGGGAAUCUUAAUUUUAUUUAUAUAGUACAGGGGUCGGCAACGUGCGGCUCGCGACCUGCAUGCAGCUCUUCAGCCCCUCUGUUGCGGCUCCCCGAGUCUACAUCAGGGGUCCCCAACUGGCGGACCGGAUCCGGACCCAGGACCUAAAUCCGAUAGAUAAUUCAGAAUUAUACUUAUUAUGCACUGAGUUUAUACUUUAACCGGCGCCUCUUAUUCAGCCGUUACGGCACUUGUUCGGCGAUGCAGGA